UUAGCAUUCGCACUAGCAGAGUCCCCCAUCAUUGGGGCCGCUACUGGGGACGUCCGGAUCUACAAUACGGGAACUUGGGUCUCAUUCCUCUCCUCAGUUCGUUAUUGGUUCGCGUUCAAUCUGGAACGAGGUGCUCAGUCCUACCAUUCGGUCGUUAACUGCGUUUCAGGGCCUCUAGGGAUCUAUCGAAUGUCAAUCAUCGCCGAUGUAAUGGACAAAUGGGUUCACCAAUCAUUCUUGGGUGUCCUCUGUACCUAUGGUGACGACCGUCAUCUUACCAACUUGGUACUUAGAGAGGGAUACAAGGUCAAGUUCUCACAUCACGCCAUCUGCUACACUGAUACACCUAUCCGUUUCAUUGCUUGGGUGACCCAACAGACUCGUUGGUCGAAAUCAUUCUUCCGAGAGAUCCCAAUCCAGCUGGGAUGCAUCCAACUGCAUAGCCCUUGGAUGACUUAUGCACUACUGUACCAGUUGAUCUACCCUAUGAUGAUGGUUUAUAGCCUAGUAAACUGCAUUUACUUUGGCACAGGGUCUCAAAUCUCAUGGUGGAUGGUCUCAAUAAUGUUCGUUGGAGUGAUGAAGACUCUAUAUGCUGUCUCUGUAACAGGCGACAAAAAGUUUUUCUUUACGACUGCGUAUGGGUUCCUGUACAUACUCGGUUAUGUGCCUGCCAAGAUUUUCGCUGCAUUAACGCUUUACGAUAAUUCUUGGGGAACUAGGUAA